UUGUUCCGGCGAAAUCCCUCCCUCUCAGGAAACACCCUAGAAAGAGAGCGCAGGCGCAUGGGUGUCACAUGACCACUUCCCGGAAGCGCAGCAGACCCGCCCAACUUCAGCCAGGGUUGAGGAGGAGGAGAGUUCCCGGAGUUAUGGCGAAGUCUGGGAUGGCGCAGGAUCCGGAGAGCACAGCUGCAGUCACUGUGCUAAAGCGGGCGGUAGAACUAGAUUCCGAGUCGCGGUAUCCGCAGGCUCUGGUGUGUUACCAAGAGGGGAUUGAUCUGCUCCUGCAGGUUCUGAAAGGUACCAAAGAUAAUACUAAGAGAUGUAAUCUCAGAGAAAGAAUUUCCAAAUACAUGGACAGAGCGGAAAACAUAAAGAAGUACUUGGACCAAGAAAAAGAGGAUGGAAAAUAUCACAAGCAAAUUAAAAUAGAAGAGAAUGCAACAGGUUUCAGUUAUGAGUCACUUUUUCGCGAAUACCUUAAUGAGACAGUUACAGAAGUUUGGAUAGAAGAUCCUUAUAUUAGACAUACUCAUCAGCUGUAUAACUUUCUUCGAUUUUGUGAGAUGCUUAUUAAGAGACCAUGUAAAGUAAAAACUAUUCACCUGCUCACCUCUCUGGAUGAAGGCAGUGAGCAAGUGCAGCAAAGUAGGGGCCUGAAAGAAAUAGAAGAGUCACUCAGGAGUCAUGGAGUGCUGUUGGAAGUACAAUACUCUUCUUCAAUACAUGACCGAGAAAUUAGGUUCAACAAUGGAUGGAUGAUUAAGAUUGGAAGGGGACUUGAUUAUUUUAAGAAACCACAGAGUCGUUUUUCUCUUGGAUAUUGUGAUUUUGAUUUAAGACCAUGUCAUGAAACAACGGUGGACAUUUUUCAUAAGAAGCAUACAAAAAAUAUAUGAUGGGCAGUAGCCUAAUUUAUAUUAUUUCUACUUUAAGUGAAUAUUGGAUUUUUUUUUAACAGAUCACUUUAUAAUGUAUGAAUUUAACAAUAAACUUUUAUAUUUUUACUAA